AUGCCGGCCCGCGCGGCGCAGCGCGCGCUGCUCGCCCUCGCGGGCCUCGCGGGGGCCAGCGCGCACGGCGCCGUCACGAGGCCGAGCCCCCGGCGCCUGGCCUCGAGGCCGUACUGCCCCUGGUGCAUCGGGGAGCACCAGGCGCUCGCCAACCCGUGGGGGAUCGUGAACCGGAGCGUCGUGCCGUCGUCCCCGUGCAUGGGCACGUCCCGCGCGGACCGUGCGUACACGCCCGCCGAGUUCUCCCAUUACGGCGGCCUCGUGGAGGAGGCCUCGGGCGCCUACGUGGCCGGGGAGCCCUUCGAGACCACCAUCGUGCUCGACGCGGACCACAACGGCGACGCGAGGUGGAGCUUCUGCCCACACCUGGAGGCGGAGACCGAGGAGUGCUUCGGCAGGGCGGAGCAUUUGCUCACGGAGUGGACUGACGUCCACGCGCAUUGGGGCGAGGCCAGCACCCAGGACCACGCCUUCGACGGUCGGCACUUCCCCCAGACGGUGCGCUUGCCCGCGAGCGUGCCGCAGGGAGCGGUGACGCUCCGGUGGCAGUGGGUGUGCAAGUGGACGGACGAGGUCUUCGUCUCGUGCAUCGACGUUCACGUCGCCGCUGGCUCGUCGGUGACGGCGCCCGUGCCGACAUCCGCGCCGACGUCUUCGCCCACUUCUGCGGCCACGGCGGCGCCAUUCCCAGCUCCGACGCUGGCGCCCACCGCUGUGCCCGUUCAGCCGCCCGUCACCGCGCCUUCGCCGGCGCCAACUGCUGCGCCAAGCCCAGCGCCGACCUCGCCGCCCACGCAGCCCCUCCUCUCCGCGCCCUCGCCCGCGCCGACGCCGACGCCCUCCUCGGUGCCAGCCCCAGCCCCAGCGCACGCGUGCGUGGGCGAGUGGCAGAAGUGUGGUGGGCAGGGCUGGACUGGCCCCGACUGCUGCACGGCCGGCCUGGCCUGCGCCUUCGAGAACGCGUGGCACUCGAAGUGCAUGCGAGACGAGUACGGCGGGCCGUGCUCCGAGAACUGGGAGCAGUGCGGCGGGGAGGGGUGGCGCGGGCCCACCUGCUGCGCGCCAGGGCUCCAGUGCGAGUCCCUGAGUGGUCACUACUCGCAGUGCCGCCCCGAGGGCACCGCGGCGCUCGUGCGGAUUAGGGACCACCACGGCGGCUUCCUCGCGAGGGGCCCAGUGCUGUUCCAGACCGCGGCCGCAGUGCUCGAGGGGGGCGGGCGCUGUGCUGGCGCCGGUCCGAGCAGCUCCCUCUGA